UCUACAUGCGAUGAUAUCGGUAGUCAUGUCCCGCUUAAAUUCAAGCAAAAAAUAUGGGAGGGGGGUUUUAUUGAUCUGUCUGUCCUACUCAAAUCGGCUACGGAAUUGGAGCAGUUUGAGUCCCAUGGGGAUUUACAACUUGUCAAUGGCAAGCUAUGCGUAGUCAAGCGCCAACUAAACUCCUUCUUGACCAUAGAAAAGUGGACAUCAGCUUUCAUGAUUUACAUGAGCAUCGUUCUUCAACACAGCCAAACGGCUCAAGAAAUGCUCAAGUACAUGCGAAACAUUAGGCUUGCAGCUAAUCGUUCACCAAAUUGGCACAAGUAUGACGAGCAAUUCCGGCUCCGUAAAGCCUCCAACCCUGCUAUGUCUUGGGGAGAAAUUCACAGCGAAUUUUGGUUGAUGUACAUAAACCAAUCAAAUGUCACUACCCAACAGUCGGCCCAGGCCAAGUUUAAACCUCAGGCAUCAACCAACUCCUUUAAUACUACGUCGGUAGGCCAUGCAUCACAAAACCAAAUAAAAUUUUGUAAUUCGUACAACUCUGGUAAAUCCUGUAAUUUUUUCCCUAGAUGCCGCUACAGUCAUUCAUGCAGUCAGUGCAGAGGGAAACACCCUAGAGUCAACUGCAGGAAUUAAAACCCUGCAUUCUUUGGGGCACAGUCCUAUUCUACUGCAGCCCCUCAAAAAGCACCUGCAAGGCUACCAACAUGCAAAAUUUCUCUUAGACGGUUUUACUUUUGGUUUUAGACUUCAGUACUUGGGUCCGAGGGGGGCGAGAUUAAGUAAAAACCUCUCAAGUCUUCAUUCUAACCUAUCAGUAGCAUGCACAAAAAUCAACAAAGAGUUGUUGCUUAACCGGGUGGCUGGGCCUUUUUCCCAACCCCCUUUUAUAAACCUCAAAGUCUCCCCACUGGGUUUAGUUCCCAAAAAGGAUGGAGAUAUGAGGCCCAUACAUCAUCUCUCAUAUCCUCAAGACAAUUCAGUUAAUUUUUUUUAUCGAUUCCACAGCCUGUUCUGUUAAUUAUUCAACCUUAGAUGAGGCAGCAGUCAUGAUUGCUAAGCUAGGGCCAGGCGCCCUUCUGGCCAAGUCUGACAUCAAGUCUGCCUUUCGUCUUUUACCAAUAUCCCCUGCUGAUUUCGACCUCCUUGGUUUUAAGUUCCAAGGUCAUUUCUAUUUUGACAAAAUGGUCCCUUUUGGCUCUUCCAUUAGCUGUGCCUUGUGGGAGAAAUUUGCUACCUUUUUACACUGGCUUAUUCAACGGCACACAGGCAAUGAAUUCAUCCUGCAUUAUUUAGACGAUUUUCUAUUUUGCAGUCGUAAAUCUUCCCCAGUCUGUCAACACACACUAGACAAAUUUAAGUUUCUCUGUCAGGAUCUAGGGGUACCAAUUGCAGAAGAGAAAACCGUUGAACCAACUACAUCUCUCGUAUUUCUAGGUAUUCAAAUUGAUACCCAGAGCAUGACCAUGGCCCUACCAUUAGAUAAGUUGAAUCACUCAAGGCAAGUUAUUAAUUCUUUUCUGGCUGCACGAAAAGUCAGCUUACGGGACCUUCAAUCAUUAAUUGGUUCACUAAAUUUUGCUUGUAGGGUGGUAUCCCCAGGACGCGCCUUUUGUCGACGCCUCAUCAAUGCUACAAUUGGCAUUACUAAACCUCAUCAUAGAGUUAAGCUCAAUCACAACAUUAAGCAAGAUCUUCGUAUUUGGCAAGUUUUUCUUCAGUUUUUUAAUGGUGUCUCGGUUAUCAACCGCCCCUUUCUAGAUAGUCAAACCAUUCAGCUUUUCACAGAUAGCGCUGGGGGCAACCAUGGUGGUUUCGGUAUCUAUUUCGGGGGUAGGUGGGCCCAUGGUUCCUGGCCACCCGCCUGGUUUGAAUUGGGUAUCACCAGGGACAUGACAUUUCUGGAACUCUUUCCAGUUUCAGUAGCCAUCACUUUGUGGUGCCAUCGGUUCCAAAAUUCUCAACUUCUUUUUCACAUUGACAAUUCUGCUGUAGUACAGGUACUCAAUACCUUUACUUCUAAAUCCCACAGAGUCAUGGGUGUAAUCAGACAUUUAGUGCUACUAUUACUACAAUACAAUAUUC